AUGAGUUCUUUGCCGAUAAGAAAUAACAAAGAAAAAAGAGCAUACACAGAAGAAGAUUUAAGAAAAGCGUUGCAUGAAGUUCGAGAGAAGAAGAAAUCGGUAAGACAAGUAUGCAAAGAAUAUGCUAUUCCAAAGACCACAAUAUUGGACAAAAUCAGUGGGCGCAGACCAGGUGGAGUCAACAAACCGGGCCCAGAGCCUGUGCUAGGAGUAGAUGGUGAAAAAAGAAAUUUAGAAAUCUCAGUUAAAAAUGCGGAGGGCAUUAAUAAAGCUAGAGCCCAAGUCACAGAAGAGUCAAUCAGCCUGUGGUUUGAAAAAUUAGAUCAAUAUUUGGAAAGUAUACAUCAAAAAGAUAUCUUGAGUGAUCCUACAAGAAUUUUUAAUGGGGACGAAAGUGGUUUUGCUCUUUGUCCAAAGACAGGGAAAGUUCUAGGCCCAAGAGGGUUCAAAAACUUUUACCAAAUUAAGCAAAGUAAUGAAAAAGAAAACAUAACGGCUUUCUUAACAUUUAAUGCGAAUGGAGAUAUGUGUCCACCGUGUGUUGUGUUUCCAUACAUUAGACCACCAAAAGCUGUGGUAAACAGUAUGCCCCAAAAUUGGUGCUUAGGCAGAUCGGAGACAGGUUGGAUGAGAGGAGAAGUAUUCUUUGAAUACAUCACCAACGAGUUUAACAACUGGAUACUUGAAAAUAAUAUUAAAAAACCCGUGCUUCUGCUGGUAGAUGGGCAUAAAUCGCAUAUGUCCUUAAUGCUAAGUACGGCAUGUGAACAACUGCAAAUCAUUUUGUAUGCCCUGCCGCCCAACACCACCCAUAUUUUACAACCAGCAGACGUAAGCGUAUUUGCGCCGGUUAAAACAUAUUGGCAAUCUACAGUCCGCACAUUUCUGUCAAAGCCAGAAAAUUUUCAUUCUGCCAUCACGAAAACUAACUUUUGCACAUUAUUAAAUGAUGCAUUAAAACAUCCCAACAUUCCCGACGAUAUAAAAAGUGGGUUUAAGCGCUGUGGUCUUUAUCCAUUCGAUACAAAUAGUCCUCAUUACACUAAAUGUGUAAGAAAUACUUUAGAAAAUGUACAGGCCGUUGAAAUAGGAUUUGCUGAGAUUUCUAUCGAAACUGAAUCUGAGAAGUCACAUAAUAUGGAACUUUCAACAAAAGAAAAUAGUACUAUUUUUAGCUAUUGUGAAUUGGAUACAACUAAAGAAAUCGAGACCGAAAAUGAUCAAGGUAACUCAGAUCCUAAUGUACAGGUUCAAACAGUAUCAGCCCUAAUACAUUCACCACCAAAACCAUUAGCUGAGACUUGCACAUCAAAAAUAACCACCAGGAAUAGAAAUCUAGCAUCUGCUCAACUUGAUGUGAUAUAUCCAGAUAAUUUAACUCUCGAUACCAACAAAAACGAUUCCUUUCCUGACUUGUCCCUUUCGACGUUACAUCUUUCUGGUAGUUACCUCGACGUCGGCUCUCUCGUGUCCUUAGACGAAUUUCUAAUUCUACCGCUUGAAGAUAUUGCAUCAUCACCCACUAUGUCUAGUGUUGAAAAAAAACCUAAGGAACAAUCGCCAGAACCGGCUUUGACUUCUUCGAUUCAUUCAGCAUCAGUUGUAUCACUACCUCCUCGAGUACCACCAGCUUCUGCAGUUGUUGGAGAAUUACAACUAAAAAAAACAUCUGAUCCAUUUAAAAAUCACCUGAUGCUGCCAGAAAUCUCUAACAAAGCAAGAAAAGAUAAUCAAAGAACUCCAGCAGCCAUAUCGUCUGCUGCAUGGAGAAAGUAUUAUGAAAAUAAAGAGCAGAUCAAAAAUGAAAAGCAGGAUGCAAUACGAAAAAGAAAGUUAGAACGACUAGAAAAACAAAAACAGAAAAAAACUUUAAAACAUUCUAAAACGGUUCGUAAAACUGCUCCGAAACGAAAAAAGGAAAUACAUCCUCUUCAAGAAGUCACUGAGAAAACGGUGAAUGUGGAAAUUGAGAAAGAAAAUUUACCAGCCGUGGAACGAGUGAAAUGUCCUGAAUGUGAUGAUGUACUAAUUUCAGAUGUAGAAGACGACGACGAGAAAAACAUUGGCUGUGACAAGUGUAUUACAUGGUAUCAUCUGAAAUGCACGCGAUUUGUAGGGUUAAGCUAUUUAGAGGCCAAAGAUAAGUCUUUUGAAUGUGAAUUGUGUCAUUAA